AUGAUCUAGAACAUUUCGACCGCUGGAGGUAAGAGUUUCCAAAGUGAAUACUAGCGUGGUAUUUGAAAGCUGACAUGUUUCCGUAUAGUGUUCAACUUACUAUACUUUAAUGUCGAGACGGGAUCUUACGACAGCAAUGCGUUUUUGAUGGCUAUCUGAGCGAUUUCUUUAUGAGCAUGGCACGGCAGAAACAUUCAUGGGCGAGGGAGUCUUGGGUCUUCUUUUUAUCGUUAAUUUUUCUUUUCCUUUCUUGGAUUUUUAUUCUCAUGCAUGAGUGCAUAGGGUUGAGCGGUUACAGUGUUUUGACUUUUGUGAUGUUUGAGUUUCGUGAUGGCCAUGGGGCCGCUACAAGACAAAGUAUAGCUGGACUAUACUUAGUCUUGCAGCCGAAGAGUGCCUCGCUUAAGGCCGAAACUAUGGAUCGUGGGGCAUAUUAUCCCUACUUUAUUUAUUUGGUUUUUUUUUCUUCUUUUUUUUAUGGCAAUUCGUCUUGUUUAGCAGAUGCUACUAGAUCUCCUGUCUGUAUUCUAUAGUGAAUCAAUAUCCAUUCAAUUUUUUGUUGACAUUAUUCCAAUUCUACGAUAGUAGAGUUUGACCGUGCCUCAGAAAGUGACCGAGUGCCGCCUUAUUGCCUCGCUACACACACCCUUCACCCGAAACCCUCAACGACAAAAGUCAGAACGUAAAGACUAGGCCAAUAAUCCACCAGUCAU